AACAAGUGGCACCAGCACCUGAAUCUGGGCCGCGUCGGUUUGAGUAGGAGCGACCAUGUCUUCUAUACUGCCGAUGCCGACCUGUACAUCAUCUCCUUGUCCGACAACCCGGACAUCCAGGCCGCCAGGUUCGGGACUUUCGCGGUCCCGCCCAUCGGCAUCCGCCGUGCGGACAUCUAUGCCUUCCGUGCUGAGCCCACCCAGGCGGAGGUCCGCCAGCUGGUGGCCGAGGCCGAGGAGGUGGCUGGUCAGGAGUGUCGGCGGAGGGCCGAGCUCAUUGGGGACCUGCAGGUGCUGCGCGGGCUGAAGGUGCUGGUGCCCCCGGGCUGCGCCGCGGCCGCUGGCCCAGCGGCACUGUGGACCCGGCUGAUGGGGGCUUGGCGAGUGGCGGCUUGCCGCGGCGAGUUCCGUGUGGGGAAUAAGGUAGUCGGGCACGUGCCGACCGCUUCGAGGGUUGGAGAUCAGGACAUCCUUGUGUUGCCGUCGGGCGAGGGCCUCUUCGUCGAGUACGUGACGGCGGCCAGCCUCCUAAGCUUCCUGCAGUGGGCGGUGGCCACCGACGCCCGCAUCCUCCCUGGCACCCGCAUCAAGAGGGGGACGAGGGAGCUCACCUGGUCGGCCAUGGUGGAGCUCACGCGGUUGGGGAUCGAGGGCUAUCAUGAACACUUUCGCUCGAUCUGCAAGUUGGCCGCGUCGGAUUGGGGGGUGCAGGAGCACUUCCAGCUGACGUUGCAGACCAAUCAGGCCCUGUGCGUAGAUGUGCUCGGCGCGACUAACCUAGUGUCGAUCGAGACGAAGUUUCGGAGGAUGCAGGCCAUCGAGUUCGCUCACUGGGACAAGGCCAAGGACCAGGAGAGCAAGGGUAUCGGGGGAAGCUCGCGCUG